CGCUGUUGGAGCAGUUAUGUUUUCCUCAAAACUAGCUUCAUGGCUAAAUAUCUAGUGUAACACUUCGUCUCAGAGAGCAGGCCAACACAUAUUCACAUCAGAAGCUGAAUAUGUUACGCUGUUAUGACCUGAUCGUGAACUGUUAGCGUGUUUAAAUCUUCGCAUCACUUGAAAAAAGUGUCUGGACUGAGCAGGAUGCUAGCAUGUGUCGUUAGCAAACCAAUGCAGGAAAUUAGCUUGUUAGCUAGUCAAGUGUUAUCAUGAGGUUUAAUGUUCCCUCUUUAUGCUCGUCCUCGAUUUAAAUAACCUCUGCGCAAUGGACACCGAGGGAAUAGUGAUCCGUAUAAAAACGCCGGCAGGGGAUAUGGACUCGGCCGUUGACUGUCCAUCUCUUCUGAACUUCAAUGACUUACUUGUUGCAAUCAGAGAUGUCAUGCCUGAAGCCACUGUCACAGCCUUUGAAUAUGAAGACGAGGUGGGGGACAGAAUCACCGUAAGAAGUGAUGAAGAACUCAAAGCCAUGUUGUCGUAUUACUACAACACAAUGAAUGAACAACGCAUGAAUGGACUGCUGCCGGACCCUCUACAGAUUUUUCCACGAGCCGGCAAGACUCCAGGGAACCGGAACAUACAUGGCCUGAAGGUUAAUACAAGACCCAACCCAGCAAAUGACUGCACUCAAGCUGUCUCGGAAUCCAUGGCCAACAACAGCUUAAAAAAAUCAUCUGCAGAGCUGAAGAGGAUCCUGACAAAUGGGCAGAUAAGUGCCCAAGACAUCAACUACCAAGAGCAGCUGGGCCAUGGAAACGGAGGCACAGUUUACAAAGCGUACCAUGUUCUGGGCAAGCGGGUUUUAGCUGUCAAGGUCAUUCCUCUGGACAUCACGGUGGAAUUACAGAAGCAGAUCAUGUCAGAAUUAGAAAUUCUCUACAAGUGUGAUUCGCCGUAUAUCAUCACUUUCUUCAGUGCCUUUUUUGUAGAGAACAGGAUAUCCAUAUGCACAGAAUUUAUGGACGGUGGUUCUCUAGACGUGUACAAAAGAAUUCCAGAGCAUGUGCUGGGGAGGAUCGCAGUAGCAGUAGUCAAAGGGCUGACGUAUCUGUGGAGCCUGAAGAUACUUCACAGAGAUGUCAAGCCUUCCAAUAUGCUGGUGAACACCCGAGGACAAGUCAAGCUCUGUGACUUUGGUGUCAGCACACAGUUGGUGAAUUCUAUUGCCAAAACGUAUGUUGGAACAAAUGCAUACAUGGCACCAGAGAGGAUAUCAGGAGAGCAGUAUGGUAUCCACGCAGAUGUCUGGAGUGUGGGAAUCUCUUUCAUGGAGUUGGCGCUAGGCAUGUUCCCCUAUCCACAGAUUCAGAAAAACCAAGGAUCUCUAAUGCCUCUCCAGUUACUGCAAUGCAUCGUUGAUGAGGAUCCUCCAGUGUUUCCUGUGGGCCAGUUCAGUGAGAAGUUUGUUCACUUCAUCACUCAGUGCAUGCGACGGCAACCCAAAGAGAGGCCUGCCCCCAAUAACCUCAUGGAGCAUUCCUUCAUCACACAGUUUAACGACGGUAAUGCGAGGGUGGUGUCGAUGUGGGUGUGUCGCUGUCUGGAGGAGAGGCGAGCUCAGCAGGGUCUCUGACGUCCUCCUGCUGUCCCCCCACAAUGCACCAGGGCGUCUGAAUCCCAAACCUUCAACACUCACAGAAGGCUUCAAAUGGACUGUACUCAUGGACUAAAAAAUGACUAGAUGUUACAAACUUUCUGUGAGUAAUUCUCUAUUUAACAGCAACUCAUGCGGCUGGGACAACGAGGAGCUUCUUUGACCUUUUAUCUCUGCAUUUUAAAAUGUGCAGCAUCUGCAGCUUUGCCCCCACCUUUUUUUGCGGGUAAGACAGUCUGAUGGAUGGAGAAAAACGGUUAGAUUUAAAGGAUCAGCGACAACCUUCAAAUGCAUGAGACUGCAAUAGGCCGGCAGAGUAAUGCCCUGAUUCUGGGGUGGUAUCUCAAAUGACCCUCUCGUGCUUUACUGUUGAGCCCCUCUUGUGAAUGUUAAGGUUUCUGCCUGUGAGUAACGGCCCGUGUGUGUGCCUGGCUUCCCACUGGUGUCAUUUAUUACCUCAGAAAACGUAGGUUGUCACUAAAAUAGCAAAACGUAACCUGUUUUAAUGCUUCCACUAGAACGUUGGUAUCCAGUAUAUUCCCUAAUCUUGUAAGGUCGGAGCAUUACGUGGACACAAAGCUCUGUCUCUGUCCUAAAAGGGGGGUUAAGUGCACAACAAACCGGCACAAUCAAUGAGAUUUUAGCAGCUCUGAGGUGUUGGAAUGCAAUGAAAUGUUAACAUCCAUCUUUAAUUGGUUUUCAGGCUUACUAACCAAACAACUAAUUGUUCUCAUUUAUUAACAGGAUCCAGACUCUCUCUGAUUAGACCAUUUUUGAUGUUUUUUAUCUCCGUUUGCACAAACGAGCCUGACAUUGAAUGACCACUGA